AUUUGAGGAUAACAAGAAGAAAACGUCACGCACACAUGCGCAUAUAGGGUGCCACACUGACGCAUCGUUUGUUGUAUAGUCAACUGUUUUUUGGUGGACUGAGGCAUGCCUGUAGCGGAUUAUUGUUUUUACCGCAUUCAACAGUGUUUUCAAAGCGAGGGGCGAAAGUCACACUGUAACAGCGGAGGCUCACAUAUGGAGGGAGAUCAGCUAAAAUAAUACCGUUUAUCCUUUAAGAAUGGGGGGUAAUUCAAGCCACUGAACUGAGGUAUCACGAUCCUAAUGUGAUAUCUCACCAGUGUUUUCGACGAUGCCAACUUGGACACUUUUACCAUGGAGCUGCAAGCUUUAAGAGUAAAAACAUCGAAUAUACUGUAGGAGUCUGGUUUGGUGGCAGAAACCUCUUUUUGCGCCUGUGGAGGGAAAUAACCUGCACACUGAAAGCUAUAAAGUGUGAUUAAAAAAAAAAAGAAAGCUCCUUCCCUAUAUGUGGAUUGAUUUUUUUCCUGCACUUUCUUCUCAGCAUUCCCUCAGUCAGUCGACGGAUUUUUUGCCAUUACAGCUCAGUAGAGGGUGUCAGAUUAUUCUUAGAGCACCGCGCUAGGAUGAACACUGUCUGCGCGUUCCUCUUUUUGUGAUACCCAAAUCGCCACAAAGGGGAAAACGAGCGAGGCAAGACACCGAAGGAUGUAAGGGGGAUGCGGGUGUUUUGCAGCGGUGGGAUCGCCUCGAAAGCUUCAGCGCAGGGUGUGAAUACAGCACCAGGGGAGAGGGAACAGCUCCCGACGCCGCAACACGCAGCACGACUGGGAGAGAAAAAGGCACGGAUUUUUCAUUUUUUUCCCUGCCAAGGUCAGUGUUAAACGAACUGAAAACAGCCAGAAGAUGUCUUGGACUCUACUGUCGCUUGCCGUUUUUGAUUUUUAUUAUAAACACGCGGAGGCUUGGAGGAUUCAGUCGAUGUGAAAGAGACGUUUAUGUGGUCAUUUUCAAACUGGAAGUCUGGACACAAGUGCAGGUUAGAUGCAGCAUGGAUCGGUUAUAAAAGACUGCCUUAUCUUCUGCCUAAAUGUCUAUAUCUCCCUUUUUCUUCUUCGUAUUGAUGUAGACUGAAUUCUUAGCUCAUAUGUCUUGAAACCGGGAAUGAAUUGUCCACGUUGAAAAAUGCUGCUUUGGAUUGUUCUGCUGAAUGCGGCUCUUUGUGUUGCGAGUGGAAAUGUUACAAGGGACGUUUGUAAGGAGCAGAUAUGCUCUUGCAACGAGAUAGAGGGAGAUCUGCACAUAGACUGCGAAAAACGGAGCUUCACCACUCUGCAGCAUUUGACUGGCCCGAGUUCGCAGUUUUAUCACUUGCUGUUGCACGGGAAUUCUCUAUCCAGGCUAUUUCCCAACGAGUUCGCCAACUUUUACAAUGCUGUGAGCCUGCAUUUGGAAAACAAUGGUUUGCACGACAUUGUCCCCGGCGCCUUUCUGGGAUUGCAGCUGGUGAAAAGGCUGCACAUCAACAACAAUAAGAUAAGAUCAUUCAGGAAGAGUACAUUUCUGGGGUUAGACGACUUGGAAUAUCUCCAAGCUGAUUUUAAUCUAUUGAGGGAUAUUGACCCCGCAGUUUUCAGGGACCUAAAUAAACUUGAAGUGUUAAUACUUAACGACAACCUCAUCAGUGCGCUACCUAUGAACGUGUUUCAACAUGUGCCCAUUACGCAUCUCGACCUGCGGGGAAACCGAAUCAAAACGUUGCCUUAUGAGGGGAUCCUUGAACAGAUACCGGGCAUUGCGGAGGUUCUGUUGGAGGACAACCCUUGGGACUGUAACUGCGACCUGGUUUCCCUUAAGGAAUGGCUGGAGAACAUACCGCGUAACGCGCUUAUUGGGAGGAUGAUAUGCGAGGCUCCCACCAGGCUGCAAGGGAGCGACUUAAAUGAGACGUCAGAAGCAGAGCUGUGCCCUUCACAGAGCGGCAGCGUGGACACCAGCCUGGUCGCCCCUCCCACUCAGGAGGAGACUUCUGAGACCGCUGCCCAUGGCCCACGUCCCACGCCUUACAAGCCCAAUAGAGACACCAGCGGGCCCCCGACGCCCGGCGGCCACGGCCCCAAGAGCCGCUCCAAAUCUCGUGAGAACUGGCAGCUGAAAACUAGGCCCACUCCAUUGUUGACAGGUGUGAACGGGGAUAGAGAGCAGCUGCACAACAUGACGUGCCCCCAGCCUUGCAACUGUGAGCUGGUCGGCUCCAGACAAGGGCUGGGGGUCAAAUGCGAAGGCAAAAAGAUCGAGAGCUUAUCCAGCCUCAAACCUAAGCCCUUGGCCGCUCACGAAUUGAACAUGAGAGAUAACAACAUACACGCAGUGAAAAAGAACCACCUGCUUGGCUACUCCAGCCUCAACCUGCUCGAUCUGGGUGGGAACAACAUCAAGGUGAUUGACAACAGCACUUUCCAAAACCAGAGCGAGCUGAGAUGGCUGUAUAUGGAUAAGAACUAUCUGGAUGCGCUGAUAGCAGAGAUGUUUGUGGGCCUUGUGAAUCUGGAAUAUCUCAGUUUGGAAUACAACGACAUCCAGCUGAUAGUGGCAGGUGCAUUCAGCCCCAUGCCAAAUCUGAGGGUUCUGUUCCUCAAUAACAACUUGCUGAAAUCUUUACCCGUGGAUGCUUUCCUUGGGAUUUCUUUAUCCAAAAUUAGUCUGCAUAAUAAUUAUUUCCCAUAUCUCCCUGUGGCUGGAGUGUUAGAUCAGCUCAAUUCAAUCAUACAGAUCGAUUUGCACGGGAAUCCGUGGGAUUGUUCGUGCAACAUCGUGCCCUUCAAGCAGUGGACGGAGAAACUCGGGGCAGAUGUGAUAGUGAGUGAUCUCAAGUGUGAGUCCCCUGAAGAGUUUUGGAAACGAGAUUUCCGCUACGUCCGGAACGACCUCAUGUGCCCCAAACUCUAUGACAAAUUCUCCCCCACACCACUGUCCAAAAACAGCACUUUCACCCUGGACUCGGGGACGCGCUCGAACUCUUAUUUGGAGCCGAACAGGGUCUCCAUCUCAGUGCUCGUCCCCGGGUUGCUGUUGGUGUUUGUCACGUCCGCUUUCACUGUUGUAGGAAUGCUUGUGUUUAUUUUGCGGAAUCGAAAGCGAUCAAAGCGAAGGGACGGGAACUCGUCCGCCUCGGAGAUCAAUUCCUUGCAGACAGUGUGCGACUCAUCUUAUUGGCACAGCGGCGGGCCUUAUCACGCAGACGGGGGCGCGCACAGGGGCUUCGACUGCAGCACGCAUCUCUCCACGACAAAUGAUGCGUAAAGGGACUCUGCUAUUGUACAAUAAGCCCACACCAGACUGGAUUACAAACAGUCACACAGACAGACUGACGCACAUACAUGACUGAAACGGCCAACAUCAUCCGCUUUUGUUCGUCAGAGGCGAACACAGACUUGUUUAUGUCUUGUUUUCUCCAGUUGAACCAAGUAAGUCAGCCUGCUGCUGCACAGGCCCCACUCUGUAAUAUAUGUAUAUGCCAAGCCUCCUGACUAAAAACCCCUCCCUCCCUCCCUCCUCCUCCCAGUUCUGCUAUUUGCCGCAAUCGGACUACGGAUCUGUAUGAGACCGAAAAGAGGGAGAAUAAGGAGCGAGGGAGAGGGCGUGUGUGUGUGUGAGAGAGAGAGAGAGAGAGAGAGAGCCAAGACCGAGGACCCUGGGAAUGGUGCACGAACGCAUGAAUGUAAAUGUAAAUACUCGGACCGAUGUAUCAUAAUCUGCAUGAUGAUAUUUCGCAUGGUUUCAACACACACACGACGGGGAGGAACCAUAACCACCAUAAUCAACAAAGAAGCAAACUCGACCCUUUCAUGUUAUAUCAAUAUGACGAAAAUAUAUAGAUAUUAAGAAUUAUAUAUGACUAUUACAAAGUGCCAUUUCUCUAUUUUUUUUGUGAACCUGCAGUUAGGAUUUGUAUUUGUUGUUUUAAACUUGUUUGGAGAAAAGAGAAAAAAAAAAAUCAAUAAUGAUGACUAUCGGAAAGGAGUGAUGGAAGUAAAGCUGUCAGUGCAUGUUAUUUUCUGUUUGUUAUCAUUUGAUUGUCGAUAAAUAUUGGGGUUAUUUAUACCGUACUAGAUGGUGCAGAUUAAAUCCAUGUCUGCGCAGUCAUCUCCUUUAUGAAUGUAAACUGUGUUAUUUUAUGGUGUGCCAAUUGUUGACUUUCAGAUAUUCAGACAUGCAGAUGAGCAUGACCAAUUAACGUCACUCAGAUGCUUAUGCUGCAAAGUUAAUGUAGCUAAAAUAACAGUUCCGUGGUUUUGUGUGUCAAUGAAUAUAGCCUGCUUUGGGUGAGAGGAAGAAAAAUCAACAAGUCAUUUAAAUGGGGGGUUUAUACCAUCAUAUUUUUUCAACAACUGAGCAAAGAAGUGUUUUCAAUUGAGCUAUGUAGGUAUAAUUCGAUCUAUGUAAACAGAGCAGGUAGAAUGAAUUAGAAUAGAAUGCUUUUUUAAUGUCAGAAAAAAAAAGUAUUCCUCCACAAAAAAAGCUUAUGGCUAUGAUUCAGCUUCAUCAUAUUGUGAGCUUUUGUAAAGCCAUCUAAUCUUGUCCAAAUCAGAGAACUGAAACUCACUGUAUUUACUACAAAAUGUGCUUGAAAUAGGCUGUUUUGGGGUGAAGAGAGAGAGAGAGGGGGGGGGGGGUGCCCUUUCUAACAAACAAAUUGGGGCCAUGCUAUGAUAAGCAUUCAGCAUGUGUCCAGUCCAUAGAGAGACACUCCUGUCUCUCUUUCACUGCUGUGGACACACACACACACACACACACACACACAUAAUUUAAUAAUGCAAGAUGCCUUUUUCAACUCAGCAUUUUGAACUUGAGAUACUUUUCUCGGGGGUCGCAUGGUUUUUGUGGGCUCAUGAAAACAAUGCCAUGACUGUACACCUGUUUUGCAGAGCUCAGCUGUCAAGUCUGCUGCUUAGCCUAUACUGCUUUAACUGAGCGUGGAUUUGGGGAAAAAAAAAUAAAAAAUUAAACCGUUGGGGCAUACAUCCAGUAUUCAAAAAAAUUCUCAAUUAUUUAUCUUCUCUGCAGUGUCUAAAAAAAAAUGCAAGGAAUGUGCAUUUUUUUCAUUUAUUUGUAAUUAUAAUGUAAUAUUCCAGUGCUGGUGACAUCUUUUAAAUUGCCAAUUGAUUUUCUUUAAGAAACUCACUAUAAAAUGCCUAAUUUAGACAAGAUUUAAGCAUAAUUCGGCAACAAUCUACCUAAGAUGCCACGGCCAUGAUGAGAGUGUACAGAGUGUAUGUAAGAUGGGCUUACACCCCUUAACUCCGCCGCACCCUCCCCCCUCUUUCCCCAGCUAGUAGGCCUACAGUAUCACCCCCAGUAUACAGAUUAGCGCUGUCCAUGGUGCUGAUUCAAUCAGUAUACAGAUCAGUGCUGUCCAUGGCGCUGAAUCAUUUCCCCUGCUUUUUGUCUGCCUGCCCCUUGCCCGUGUGUACCCUUGUGCUCACACACAGGCAUGCAGCCCCCACAUGUGUGUUUGUGUGAGGACAGAUGAGAGAGAGAGAGAGAGAGAGAGAGAGAGAGAGAGAGAGAGAGAGAGAGAGAAAUUUUGAGACAAUUUGCAUGUAUGUGUACCCUUACUUUCUCUGCCUCCCCCACACCCUCUUCCCAUUACCUACAUGUAACCAUGCGCAGCUUGACCUUGGGGACUAACAUCUCAGCAGAUCUGUGACAAACACUCAUCAUCAUCAACCCCCUGCAUUUAUGUCAUCACCUUGCUUCCUCCUUAACUCCUGUUCCCUGCUUUUCUGUCCUAUCACAAUGGGUGGUGGUGAUGGGGGGAGGGGGAGUUGGGGGUAACUAUGUGUCUCUUCUGUGGAGUAUUACUGUGCCACAGCCCACUGAUGAUUUGUCAUAAUUUUCAAACGCUGUGUUUCAAAGUUACAUUUAUAUGCUUUGCGAUAUUUGACCUGCUUCUAUUUUGUUAAAUAAAGUGUGGUUGAGGUUGAGUAAAAAAAAAAAACAAUAUUUGCUUUUAGGAAUUUUCAUUGGAUUUGACUAAGUUAGCGUAAUGAGACAUGAUUUAUCAUCUGUUCACAUUGUUCUGCAUACUGAAUAUACUGAAGGAUUUACAUACAGUAUACUUAGUUCAAGUACACUGCGUUAUGUCUUUGUUCCUUAAAAUAGAAAACAUUUCACAAUAAGGUUAAAUUCAUGUUAUAUCAUUUCUGUACACUAUAGUGGAGGUUUUUACAUUGUAAUGCAUAAUCAUAUUUUUAUCAUAUUAUUUUUAGACUGUUUUAUCAUGAUUCAUGAAUGCUAGUUCCUUGGUACCCUGGAGAGAAAAUGACACAUUUAGACUUUUGCUGCAGUGCUGGCUGUAUUAGCAUAUUCUUUCCAUUUUGAGGUAUGUAAACCCCAAAUCCAAGACGUCUGAUGUCUGAGUAUCCGAAAUAUUUCACAAUAAUACAGACUUGUGUAUAAGAAUUCAAAAA